UCAAUAAUGCGGGGCCGAUAAUGACCGAUCAAUGAUAACUGACUAAGCGUCACGUGAAAAACCAGGAAGCAUAUCAUAUCUCUGAAAACACAGUCUACGACCAAGAAGAUUCUACUAUUUUCAGACGACGAUACCUAGAACCUUACCAUGGGGUCUCUAUUUCGUAGCGAGGAGAUGACUCUGUGUCAGCUCUACCUCCAGUCUGAGGCAGCGUAUACAUGUGUGUCUGAGCUUGGAGAACUUGGACUUGUCCAAUUCAGAGACCUCAACAAAGAUGUUAAUGCCUUUCAAAGGAAGUUUGUGAACGAAGUAAGACGCUGUGAUGAAAUGGAACGGAAGCUGAGAUUCAUCGAGAAGGAGGUUAUCAAGCUCAACAUUCCGAUGCUGGACACUGGCGAGAAACCAAUCGCGCCUCAGCCGAGAGAGAUGGUGGACCUAGAGGCCACCUUCGAGAAGCUUGAGAGUGAUAUGGCCGAAGUGAACAAGAACACCGAAGCUUUGAAGAAGAACUUCCUUGAGUUGACAGAGUUGAAGCACAUCCUGUCAAGAACUCAAGUCUUCUUUGACGAGGCUCUUCAUGAUUCCAUUGUUGCGGAGGAAGUGACCUUUGGACUCAUGGGUGAAGAAGAGCGUGUGACCAGGGCACAAUCGCUCAGACUCGGAUUUGUUGCGGGUGUGAUCGUACGAGAGCGUAUCCCUUCAUUUGAGAGAAUGCUGUGGCGAGCCUGCAGAGGAAAUGUAUUCCUUAAACAGACAGAGAUCCUGUUUCCUCUGCAAGACCCCCAUACUGGCGAACCAGUGAACAAAUCGGUCUUCAUUAUCUUCUUCCAAGGUGACCAGCUGAAGGAACGCGUAAAGAAGAUUUGCGAGGGAUACCACGCAACACUGUACCCCUGCCCUGAUAGGGCUGCUGAGCGCAGGGAGAUGCUCAUUGGUGUCGAUACAAGGAUCCAGGAUUUAACUAUGGUUCUGAACCAGUCUGAGGAUCAUCGUCACCGCGUGCUGGUUCAGGCAGCCAAGCACCUCAAGGUCUGGCUGAUCAUGGUCAGGAAGAUUAAGGCCAUCUACCACACCCUCAACAUGCUUAACCUUGAUGUCACGCAGAAGUGUCUCAUCGCAGAAUGCUGGUGUGCCAGCAGGGAUCUCGACAGGGUUCAAUUGGCUCUGCGGCAGGCAACAGAAAUGUGUGGCAGCAGUAUCCCUUCCAUUCUGCACCGCAUGCAUACCAAGGAGGCUCCACCAACCUACCACCGAACCAACAAGUUCACUUCUGCCUUCCAGGGCAUCAUUGAUGCCUAUGGUGUGGCCGACUACAGGGAGGUCAAUGCAGCACCGUUUGCCAUCAUCUCUUUCCCGUUCCUGUUCGCUGUGAUGUUCGGGGACUUUGGCCAUGGGGUGAUCAUGUUCCUCUUCGCCUUGUGGAUGGUGAUCAGGGAAAAGAACUUACUCGCAGAGAAAUCGGACAAUGAGAUAUGGAACAUUUUCUUCGGCGGCCGAUACAUCAUCCUAUUGAUGGGGAUGUUUUCAAUGUAUACUGGCCUCAUCUACAACGAUUGCUUUGCCAAACCGCUGAAUAUCUUUGGGACGGCGUGGACGCCGAACUUUACUGCGGCAGAGUAUGAGAGAGAAUCUUUGCUGCAAUUCAACCCUAAUUCUGAGGACUACAGGGGGAUGCCUUACUACUUCGGAGUUGAUCCGCUGUGGCAGAUUUCAAAGAACAAGAUCACAUGGCUGAACUCCUUCAAAGAGAAAGUAUCUGUGCUGUUAGGUGUCAGUCAGAUGUUGCUUGGAGUUAUUCUGAGUCUUUUUAACCACGUGUACUUCAAGAGGCGACUGAACAUCUUCUGCGAGUUCAUCCCCCAGGUGCUUUUCCUCAUGUGCAUCUUUGGUUACCUCUGCGGCAUGGUCGUCUUCAAGUGGAUUGCCUAUACACCGGAUCUGUCAUGCUGCGCUCCAAGUCUUCUCAUCGACUUCAUUGGUAUGUUCAUGUUCAAAGCUCCAAAUCCAACGAAUCCGAACUGUCCCUGUGUUAAUGACUUGCCUGCCUACAGAGGAAAUACUCAACAAAUGGUCCAGACGGUGCUCGUUGUUGUUGCGGUUAUUUGUAUUCCAUGGAUUCUCUUGGUCAAGCCCUUCUUUCUUCGGAGAUGGCACUACCAGAAAGUGGCGCGGAAAGCCACAUUCUACCCGAUUGUCGACCAUGGUGAUGACGAGGCUUUAAUCGAUGGUGCUGCCCCUAUUGGUGAGGCUGGCCGAGCCUCUGCCCACGAUGAUGAUGAUGACGUGGAUGAACAUUUUGACUUCGGUGAUGUGUUCAUCCACCAGUGUAUCCACACCAUCGAAUACUGUCUGGGCUGCGUAUCAAAUACAGCCUCCUACCUUCGUUUGUGGGCGCUCAGCUUGGCUCAUGCCCAACUUUCGGAGGUGCUGUGGACAAUGGUGAUGCGCAUCCCCCUGGGGUUGGAUGGUUGGCUUGGAGCUCCGGUGGUUUUCUUCAUCUUCAUCGCCUGGGCUGUGCUGACCAUAGCUAUUCUUCUGCUGAUGGAGGGACUAUCGGCUUUUUUGCAUACACUCCGUUUGCAUUGGGUUGAAUUCCAGAAUAAAUUCUACAGUGGAAACGGCUACAAAUUCCUUCCAUUCAGCUUUGAGAGUAUAGUCGAUGAUUUGAAGGCGGGCUCCGAUUAAAGCUUGUUGGACCCAUAUACCAUUACAACAUGCAAACAGACCAAGUAUUAAGAAAUAUGUUAAGAAAUAUUCCAGAAUGAGAUAUUUGUAACCGCAGGACUGAUUCGAAUCGACCUAAGUUUUGAUUAAACGUUUAUUUCAGACUAUAAAUAAAACACCAAAAGAUUCGAUUUUGAUUAGAAGCUGUGCGAUCAAUCAGGUAAUCCAAGUAGCUAGGUUUCUGGCAUAAAAUAAACUGUCAUGUCUAUUUCCUAUGCGUGGGCAUCCUUUUAAAUAUGCACAGCGCUGUUGUUGGCCGAUUCUCAGUUCAGAAACAAGUGCCCCUUCCUUCAAUAUUUCACAAAGAGGUCAUAUUACAAGUUUCCGCAAUAGAUUUGAAGUGGCCGGUAAAAGUGUGACUUAUUGGGUCAGACUCAUGUACAAGGUGACCUUGACCUUGCAUUUGGCCUCUUUAUUAUUCCUAACCGUGAAGAGGAACACGACAUGGUGUUUGAAGAUGAAAGAAGGCCUUAAGAAUUCUCUUGGCAUCAUAACGUUUUGCUUCUCUUGAAAACAAUGAAUCCACGGCGAAAUUCUCAUCGAUAAAAAUAUACUGUUGCCAUUGCAAGUAGGCAACUUGCUUUCUUUUCGAGCACACGGAACUGUUCAAUUAUGAUUUAUGUUGUCAUUUUGAAAAAGUGACAAAAACAAUAUCUGUGAUGAUCAAAUAUACUCAAGAUGAAUAAAAAGA